GAAAUGCGUUACAGGUUGGAUGACACUGUGACUACAAACAACCAGCAGUCCCACGGCCGUGACUGAUUCAAUUUUUUUCACAACACACGGAGACGGAGCUGUGCCGUUUUGUUCCGUAAACCUGAUUCCCUACAACUGUUAGAUUUCCGUAACGUUGUUCUUGAGAAUUGAGAGGAUGAGUUGAUUGGGAUUAUCAUCAACCCCCAACAAAAAUGCCUGCCUCUCCCCUUGGCCUACCCGUUUGAUUUUCUGGGUCCCUACUCAAGAAUUAAAAUAGUAAAAACCUCAAGGCAGCCAAAAGAUCUUUGUGAAAAAUACAGUGUAUCGUUGUUGUCCUUUUUCUGAAGUCGGUUUUCUCUCCCAUUGAAUGUCAUUUUCAGCGAUCAUUUGAUUAUUUGAUUGCUUCUUUCAUUCACUCAGCUCAUUCCGGGGGUUUUCCAAGUGGUGGGUUCUGUUCAUCUUUUCCUUUUAUUGUUUAUUAUUGUAAUUUGAUAAUAAUUGAUGAUGUACUUUUCAUGGCAUCUUAAUUAAUUAAUUGGGGUCUCUGUUUUACUCUUUUUUAAUAUAUUCAUCUUCUUUUUAACCUCUCCAUGCAUGUGGGGUUCUUCGAUUCUUCUUUCUUGAUCUAUGAUUCUCAGUUGAAAAAUCUAUACCGGGGAUUUCUUUUCCUUUUUUUUUUUUUUUUUUUUCUGUCGUCAUUUCCACUGUUUAAUGCAAAAAGGGAAACAGGGUAUUAUACUCUUCUGCUUGUCGCGAUUUUAAUUUUUUUUUUUUUUGGAAGUUUUAACCACAUUAGCCCCAUCAGUUCUUGUCCAACCCGUCAUCCCAAUUCUCGACAAAAAAAAUGGCGUUCACGUGAGUUUCUUGCGUGUUCUUGUUGAACCCACAUCUUGUUUGUUGUAUAAUGAUUAACGGAUGUUUCAAUUUGAGUUUGUUGUUCGUUUUGAGCUUUUCUUUGAAGACAUAUAUACGUAAUUGAACUUGAUAAGAACUGUUUCUUUUGAGUAAAUUCGCGGAGAUAUGAUCCGUAGGAAUUUGUUGUUACUUUGAUGUUUCCUGUUUCAAAUCUUGAUGAUCUUUUUUGUGUGUGACAUGCAGAGAGUGAAGCUACUAACAUCCUCAAGUGAAGUCAAUUUUGCUUGAGGGAGAUUAGAUAGGAUGGAUUUGUUUCAAACUGGCUCAAUCAGGAAAGAUGAUUCAUCAAGUAGUGUAGCUGAACUAGAAGACUUUGAUUUUUCCAAGUUGCCACAUAAGCCCAGAAGUUUGAACCUAGAAAGAGAUAGGCAGAGAUCAUUGGAUGAAAGGUCACUAUCUGAAUUGCCGGUUGGGUUAUCUCCUUACCCUUCUUCCAGGGCAGAUAACUUUUCCCUUCGAGGCUUAGAUAAUUUUGAUGGAGCACUCAGGUCUGUUCUGAAUUCUCCGAGGUCGGUUUAUGGCCUUGAGCCACAUCCCAUUAUUUCUGAGGCAUGGGAAAUGCUAAGGCGUUCAUUGGUGCAUUUUCGUGGCCAACCUGUUGGGACUAUUGCAGCAUUGGAUAAUUCUGACGAGAAGCUUAACUAUGAUCAGGUGUUUGUCAGAGACUUUGUUCCCAGUGCACUGGCCUUUCUAAUGAAUGGGGAAGCUGAUAUAGUGAAGAACUUUAUCCUGAAGACUCUUCGGCUACAAUCAUGGGAGAAAAAGAUUGAUCGAUUCCAGCUGGGGGAGGGUGUAAUGCCAGCUAGCUUCAAAGUACUUCAUGACCCAAUUAGGAACUCAGAGACUUUAAUAGCAGAUUUUGGUGAGAGUGCUAUAGGAAGAGUGGCUCCUGUUGACUCCGGAUUCUGGUGGAUCAUACUGCUGCGAGCUUACACAAAGUCGACUGGAGACUCUUCUUUGGCCGAGAGGCCUGAAUGUCAGAAGGGCAUGCGUCUGAUUCUCAGUUUAUGUCUUUCAGAGGGGUUCGACACCUUCCCGACUCUUCUCUGUGCUGAUGGAUGUUCCAUGAUUGAUCGCAGAAUGGGUGUUUAUGGGUAUCCCAUCGAAAUACAAGCUCUUUUCUUCAUGGCUUUAAGGUGUGCGUUGGCCUUGCUUAAGCAUGACGCCGAAGGGAAGGAGUUUAUAGAGCGAAUAGUUAAACGUCUUCAUGCUUUGAGCUAUCACAUGAGAAGUUACUUUUGGUUGGACAUGAAGCAGCUGAAUGAUAUUUACAGGUACAAAACCGAGGAGUACUCUCACACGGCAGUGAACAAAUUUAACAUCAUGCCUGAUUCUCUUCCAGAAUGGAUUUUUGAUUUCAUGCCAGUUCAUGGUGGUUACUUUAUUGGGAAUGUUGGGCCUUCGAAUAUGGAUUUUCGUUGGUUUUGCUUGGGUAAUUGUAUUGCUAUAUUGUCAUCUUUAGCAACUCAUGAUCAGGCAACCGCUAUUAUGGAUCUCAUUGAGUCACGUUGGGAGGAAUUAGUUGGAGAAAUGCCUCUUAAGGUCUGUUAUCCGGCUAUAGAGGGCCAUGAAUGGCGUAUCAUUACUGGAAGUGAUCCAAAGAAUACUAGAUGGAGCUAUCACAAUGGAGGUUCAUGGCCAGUACUUCUAUGGCUAUUCACAGCUGCAUGUGUGAAGCUAGGACGACCCCAGAUGGCCAGGCGAGCGAUUGAACUAGCUGAAAGCAGGCUCUCUAAGGAUAGCUGGCCUGAAUAUUAUGAUGGAAAAUGUGGCCGAUUCAUUGGAAAGCAGGCAAGGAAAAACCAAACCUGGUCUGUUGCUGGUUACUUGGUUGCCAAAAUGAUGCUUGAAGACCCUUCCCAUCUCGGCAUGAUUUCACUUGAAGAAGAUAAGCACCUUCUAAAACCUGUGUUGAGGAGAUCAUCAUCUUGGACCAGCUGAUGAAGUUGAAACCUUUUGUUCUGUUAAAUCUAGAGAUGCAGUAUGAGAAUGAGUUUUGAUUAGGCAGAUGGAAGAAGUAGAGGAAAUUUUGUUGAUUUUUUUUUGUAGGGAAUUUUGUUUUGGGGGUAUGGCACGGCUAACUAUAACCACCAUGGGUAGAUCAUUGAUUCACUCUUUCUGCUAAGUGAUUGCGUCGAGCUUAUGGAGAUGAGAAGACGCAAAAAAAAGGGGAAUCUUACAUUAGUACAUUUUGCAUCUUUCUGAUUUCAACUUGCGUCUAUGUCUAACACUUUACAUCAUUAUACAUCUCUUUUUUCUUCAUCUUCUUCAUUUUAUAACACUUUACUUUUAAUUCUUU